UAGGACUCGGCCACGUUGUCCUGCGCGCUUAGCGCGCCUGGCCCCGCGAGGCCGGUCGGCUGCGCCCACUUCCCCGCCCCUUGCCUCUCCGCGGGGCUCGGUGGGGCCGCAGUGUCCCGGCGCUCAUUCAAGGGAUCGCAAAGAGAGGCCCGGCCACUCCGAGGUUCCAGCGCGCAGCGCAACCGCGAUCUGGGCCCGGAAGGCGCCGCCCAACUCGCCUCCGGGCGCCGCCAAAAGCAGCGGCUCGUAGGGAGCGCAGUCGAGUGGGGCUCCGCGCAGAGCUCGGCGAAGGGGCCCAUGCCCUUGCGCUCCCACGGGCCCGCGCCAUGGCAUCCGGGAGCGUGGCCGAGUGCCUGCAGCAGGAGACCACCUGCCCCGUGUGCCUGCAGUACUUCGCCGAGCCCAUGAUGCUCGACUGCGGCCACAACAUCUGUUGCGCGUGCCUCGCCCGCUGCUGGGGCGCGGCUGAGACCAACGUGUCGUGCCCGCAGUGCCGGGAGACCUUCCCGCAGCGGCACAUGCGGCCCAACCGGCACCUGGCCAACGUGACCCAGCUGGUGAAGCAGUUGCGCACCGAGAGGCCGUCCGGGCCCGGCGGCGAAAUGGGCGUGUGCGAGAAACACCGUGAGCCCCUAAAGCUGUACUGCGAGGAAGACCAGAUGCCCAUUUGCGUAGUGUGCGACCGCUCCCGCGAGCACCGCGGCCACAGCGUGCUGCCGCUCGAGGAGGCGGUGGAGGGCUUCAAGGAGCAAAUCCAGAACCAACUGGACCAUCUAAAAAGAGUGAAAGACUUAAAGAAGAGACGGCGGGCACAGGGGGAGCAGGCACGAGCUGAACUCUUGAGCCUGACCCAGAUGGAGAGGGAGAAAAUCGUCUGGGAGUUUGAGCAGCUGUAUCACUCAUUGAAGGAGCAUGAGUAUCGCCUUCUGGCCCGCCUUGAGGAGCUGGACUUGGCCAUCUACAACAGCAUCAACGGUGCCAUCACCCAGUUCUCCUGCAACAUCUCCCACCUCAGUGGUCUGAUUGCCCAGCUGGAAGAGAAGCAGCAGCAGCCCACGCGGGAGCUUCUGCAGGACAUCGGGGACACAUUGAGCAGGGCUGAAAGAAUCAGGAUCCCUGAACCCUGGAUCACACCUCCAGAUCUGCAAGAGAAAAUCCAUAUUUUUGCCCAAAAAUGUCUGUUCCUGACCGAGAGUCUGAAGCAGUUCACAGAAAAAAUGCAGUCAGAUAUGGAGAAAAUCCAAGAAUUGAGAGAAGCUCAAUUAUACUCAGUGGAUGUGACUCUGGACCCAGACACAGCCUACCCCAGCCUGAUCCUCUCCGAUAAUCUACGGCAAGUGCGGUACAGUUACCUCCAGCAGGACCUGCCUGACAAUCCUGAGCGAUUCAAUCUCUUCCCCUGUGUCUUGGGCUCUCCGUGCUUCAUCGCUGGGAGACAUUAUUGGGAGGUAGAGGUGGGAGAUAAGGCCAAGUGGACCAUAGGUGUCUGUGAAGACUCUGUAUGCAGAAAAGGUGGAGUAACCUCAGCCCCCCAGAAUGGAUUCUGGGCAGUGUCAUUGUGGUAUGGGAAAGAAUACUGGGCUCUUACCUCCCCAAUGACUGCCCUCCCCCUACGGACCCCUCUCCAGCGGGUGGGGAUUUUUUUGGACUAUGAUGCUGGCGAGGUCUCCUUCUACAACGUGACAGAGAGGUGUCACACCUUUACUUUCUCUCAUGCUACCUUCUGUGGGCCUGUCCGGCCCUACUUCAGUCUGAGUUACUCGGGAGGGAAGAGCGCAGCCCCUCUGAUCAUCUGCCCCAUGAGUGGGAUCGAUGGGUUUUCUGGCCAUGUUGGGAAUCAUGGUCAUUCCAUGGAGACGUCGUCCCCUUGAGAGGAGAUGAACUCAGGCCAAAAUGACUGUUGGCCAUACUCCUAUCCCAGGCACAUGGCAUCUCAUUGCCUUGCCACUUCUUAUCCAUCAUGGCUGGAUAUCCUUACCACUUUCCAUGCCCUUGCAGUGGAAGACGGGAUGUCCAUGUUCUCGACCGUCCUUUCCCAUUCCAGGCAAAUUGUAAUGAGAUGUGUCAAGAUUGCCCAGAAAUAAAAACCAGAUGUCCACCUCCA